UUACGGUUCACAGUCAGAUCCCGCUAAGAUGUACAACGCGAGAUCGCGUGGCAGCGCUGCCAACGAGGGGAUUUCCCCCAAAACAAUGGUCACCAUCGGCUCUCUGCUCCUAAUCCUUGGCUUCGCUCAGGCGGCCUCCAUGUCGCUGGAUCGUCUGGCGCUCGAGAGGAACGAGCUGCCGGCGGAUCAGUCCCAGCAGCAGCAGCAACAGCAUGAUGUCCUCGUGGACGACAUGAGACUCACCUCGAUUCCCUCCGCCGACUCCUCGGACAUGUAUAUGCUGGUGCCCGAAACGGUGGCCAGCCAACUGGAAGACACCGAGCAUGUCAAUCGCAACUCCAUCGAAGCCGAUCCCGAGUCGGAUCCCUCCGGCUCCAGCUCCUCCUCCGCCUCCGACAUGCUGAUGCUGGAGAGCGAUGCCAGUCCAGCCAUGCAGCUAGUGGAACUGCCCAGCGACAUCACCGUGGCCGAAUCCCAGCCAGAGACGGAGCACGAUGCGGAGGGCGAUCACCAGCAGCCCGAGUCCAUUGAGGAGCAUGUGGUGCUGAUGAAGCCCCUCAGCCAGGAGGUUCAGCUGGAGCAAGCUGUGGACUUGGCCACCGAGGCGGCACCAGUUCCCCUCCACGACGAUCUGUCAGAGGAUGUCCAGUCCCCGGCUGCCACCGAGAGUGCGGUGGAGGAGUCCGAGAAGGAAUCCGAAACGGCCAUGGAUGAUCAGGUGCCCGAGGAAUCGGAAGCCCAGCCAGAACAAGUUCAGCCUGAAGAAUCCCAGCCAGAAAACGACGCUGAUGAUCAGGAGGAGAAGAAACCGGAGAUCGAGUCCCAACCAGAAGCCGAAGCCCAACCAGCAGUUGAGUCCAAGCCUGAAGAGGAAACCCAGCCUGAGGCUGAAUCCCAGCCAGAAGUGGAAGCCAAGCCAGAAGCUGAAUCUCAACCAGACGUUCAAGCCCAGCCAAUAGUGGAAGCUCAACCUGAAGUGGAAGCCCAGCCUGAAGUGGAAACCCAACCUGAAGUGGAAUCCCAGCCUGAAGUGGAAUCCCAGCCUGAAGUGGAGACCCAACCUGAAGUGGAGACCCAACCUGAAGUGGAAACACAACCCGAAGUGGAAACCCAACCUGAAGUGGAAGCCCAACCAGAAGUGGAAGCCCAACCUGAAACUGAAUCCCAGCCAGAAAAAGAAACCGAAGCUGAGAAGGCCAGCGAUAACGAGGUGGACACCACGGAGGCCUCUCUGAUGGAAACCCUGGUCGAGGGCAUUGAAGAUGGACUCACCGCCGCCAUGGACAACCUGGUGCCCGAAGAAUUGGCCGAGGCCACUGAGAACAAGGAGCAGGAACAGGAACAGGAAAACGAUGAUGAGCUGUCGCCAGUUACAGAAGCCACCGAGGAGCAGGCGAUUCCCGAGGUCGAGCAGCAAAAAGAAAAGGAACCCGAGCCACUCGCCUUGGCCGAUGAGCCAGAGGAGGAGAUUGCCCAGUCCUCGAAUGCCGAGCCAGUCGAGAUCGCCCCAGAGCAGCAAGCUCCAGCUGAGAUCCCCGAGAAAACCAAGCCUGAGGAGGAAUCGCAGCCGGAGGAGGAGGCCAAGCCCGCAGGAGAAUCCAAGCCGGAGGAGGAGGAAGCCCAGAAUGAUGCCGAGAUUCAGCCCGCCAUCAAUGAGGUGAAGCCCGAGGAAACUCCAGCUGAAGAGCCAGCAGAGCCCAGUUUUGCCCCAGCUAUAGCCGUUGUAAGCCCUGAUGAAAUCAAAUCCGAAGUCCCUGCUGAAAUCCCUGCUGAAACCCAUGCUGAAGUCCCUGCCGAGAUCCCUGCUGAUGUUCUAGCUGAAAAUCCUGCUGAUGUUCCAGCUGAAAAGCCUGCUGAGGUUCAAGCGGAAAUUCCAGCUGAAGUCCAAGCUGAAACACCUGCGGAAAUCCCAGCUGAGAUCCCUGCGGAAACCCCAGCUGAAAUCCCAGCUGAAAUCCCAGCUGAAAUCCCAGCUGAAAUCCCAGCUGAAACCCCAGCUGAAAUCCCUGCCGAAAUCCCAGCUGAAAUCCCAGCCGAAAUCGCCGCAGAUGCCCCUGCUGAGAACCCAGAGAAAACCCAAGAUGAAAUCCAAGCCGAUUCUACCCAAACCGAGCCCGAAGUGGAGAAGGAAGUGCAGCAGGCGGAGAAGGAAACCAAGCCCGUGGAGUCCUCCCUGCUGACCACCAUCAUACCCCAGGUGGUGCCCCAAGUCCAGGUGCCCAUACAGCCCGUCCAGGUGCAGGACAGUGUCCUGAACUACGUCAACGCCUCGUUCCUGCAGCAGCAGCCAUCGGACUCGGAUCUGCCCAAGACGGAGGAGGAGUCCCCGUUCAAUGCCCAUCUGCGACGCUACGAUGGCGCCCAGGUGUGGCGCAUUGUGGUCCAGACCGACAAGGAUAAGCGAAUGGCCGAUGAGCUGCAGUCCAAAUACGAUGGCCAGCUGUGGAAGGAGGUCAAGCAGGAGGUGGACUAUCUCUUGAAACCCCAAGUCCUGGCCGCCGCCGAGCGUCACAUUCGCGCUGCCAAUCUUUCCCGGAUUGUUCUCAUCGACAACCUGCAGCACGUCAUCGAAAAGGAGAAUCCCCCAGCGGAGAAGAUUGCCGAGCUCCAGAACCGAAAGGGACACCGCCUCACCUGGCAGGCCUACCAUCGCCUGGAGGACAUCCACGGCUUCAUUGACUACAUGGCGAAAACCUAUCCGGAUAUUUGCUCCACGGAGGUCAUCGGCUACUCGGUGGAGAAGCGACCCCUCAAGAUUCUCAAGAUUUCCAAUGGCAAUGAGCGAAACCCGGGCGUCUGGAUCGACGGUGGCAUGCACGCCCGCGAAUGGAUCAGUCCGGCAACGGUCACCUAUAUCGCCAACCAGCUGGUCGAGGGAUGGGAGGACCUGCCCGAGCACAUGCGCAGCAUCAACUGGUACAUCCAUCCGGUGGCCAAUCCCGAUGGCUAUGAGUACUCCCACACGACCGAUCGGCUGUGGCGCAAGAAUAUGCGUGCCCAUGGACGCCAGUGUCCCGGCGUGGAUCUGAAUCGCAACUUUGGAUACAAGUGGGGCGGCAAGGGCACCUCCGCCAGCCCCUGCUCCCAGACAUACCGCGGCAGCAAGGCCUUCUCCGAGCCGGAGACCUUCUACAUCUCCAAGUUCAUCAGCGGCUUCCCGAGGGAGACCUUCCAGGCGUACCUCUCGUUCCACAGCUAUGGCCAGUACAUCCUCUACCCGUGGGGCUACGACUACCAGCUAACCCAGGAUCGCGCCGAUCUCGAUCGUGUGGCGCGUCAGGCGGGAACGAGCAUUACCAAGUCGACGGGCGUGAAGUACACGGUGGGAUCCUCCGCCACAACUCUGUAUCCCGCCGCCGGAGGUUCCGAUGACUGGGCCAAGGGCAUUGCGGGAAUCAAGUACGCCUACACCAUCGAGAUGGGCGACACGGGCAGGUACGGAUUCGUCCUGCCCGCCCGGUUCAUCCAGUACAAUGGCAAGGAUGGAGUGACCUUCGCCGACACCGUGGCCAGGGCCAUUGCCCAAGGACGCGGAAAAUCGGUGGCCAGGAACAGCAGUGGCAGCCGGAGGCGUCGCCACUAGUCCUGCCACUUAGUUCAAUGCGAUUAUUUUGUAAAUCAGCCUAAUCGAUUUUUUUUUUUUUGCUAUUUAUAUGAAUACUAUUUAUUUAUUUAUUUAUUCUACUUGUAACUAGACAAAUUGAACACACACAAAAGAACACACA